AGAAUCCAUUUCCAGAGGAGCAGCAGGUUGCAGCAAAAACAACAGAGUCUUGUGCACACCUUAAAGACUGACAAAUCCAUUACAGCAUCAGCUUUUGCGAUUCAAGCCCACUUCAUCAGAUGCCAGUCCGUUGUGGCAUCUACACUGCUGCUGCGGCAGGCAGGGUGGAAUCCAAUGUGUUUUCCCCAAUAGGCAAGGUCACUUCCAGACAGAGCCGCCUGAAAUCCGAGCGCGAUCAGAGGAUCCCUCUCACUUUUCCAGGCUGAUCCUGAAGCAGCAUCCCAGCACCGAUCUCGAAUGUCUUCCCUCCCGAAUGUCUGAAUUCCCUGUCUGAGCGCACGAGCCGGAGUCCUCGGCCACCACGUCUCCCACACCUCUGCGCUGUCCCUGCGAGGCAGUUCUUUCCGCGAGGGGUCAGCGCGUUUGUCGCCAGAGCCCGAGUCGGCCAGCGCUGCCCUUUCCGCGCCGCCUGGAAGGGAGUCGUGAUCAGACGCACAGGCAGCGCGUCCCUUCGCCAUCCGCGCCACAAGUCCCGGGGCUAAAGAGGCGAUCAUCUGGCGGAGCGCAAAUAAAUACACCCCGCCGCCUGCCCGCCUCCUCUGUCCGCUUGGCUGUGAAAGCGAAGUGCGAGCGGAUCAGCACCAUGGAGAGCGCCUAGCGCAGCCGCUCGCUCGUCUCCCGCCCACCCAGCCAGCCAGCCAGCGCCGGUGUCUGUCUGGAGCGCACAGCCAGAGCGCCACGCUCAGCUGCUUCUCCCGGCGCCGUCGUCGCCGCCAUCGCCACCCGCCUUGCCCGGCCCUCUCGCCCAGCCACAACCCCGCCACACGCUCAUUCACACACACACACACACGCACGCUCCCUCCCCCUCCCCCGCCCUCCCCGCGUCUCUCUGUCUUUCGCACACACAGCCCAGGCGCGCUCGCUGCACUUCACCGGCUCCUCGCAAGCACCGCAGAUGGCAACUCCCGGCGCGGGUUUUUGGUCCUUCGGGUCUGAAGAUGGAUCCGGAGACCCUGAGAACCCCGGUCCAGCAAAAGCUUGGUGUCAAGCUGCCCAGAAGUUUACAGGAGGCAUUUCAACCAAACUCUGUGCUUUGCUGUACGGAGAUGGGGAGAAGCCCAUGGAAACGGGGGCUGCGAAGGAGGACCCGAUCUCGGCCGCCAGGAAGGCCCCUUGCACCUGCAAUAAAAAGCCCUGCGGUUGCCAGAAAGAGGAUGUCAAUUAUGCGUUUUUACACGCGUCAGAUCUUCUGCCAGCCUCGGACGGAGAAUUAGCUACUUUGUCUUUCCUACAAGAUGUUAUGGACAUUUUGCUCCAGUACCUGGUGACAAAUUUCGACAGAUCAACCAAAGUUAUUGAUUUCCAUUACCCAAACGAGCUACUUCAGGAAUAUAAUUGGGAUUUGGCAGAUCAACCCCAGACUUUGGAAGAAAUUCUGUCGAACUGCAGGAUCGCGCUAAAAUAUGCCAUUAAAACAGGACAUCCCAGAUAUUUCAAUCAGCUUUCAACUGGACUGGAUAUGGUCGGAUUGGCUGCAGACUGGCUAACUUCUACAGCCAACACUAAUAUGUUCACCUAUGAAAUUGCUCCAGUGUUUGUACUUUUGGAAUAUGUCACCUUAAGGAAAAUGAGAGAAAUCAUUGGUUGGCCAGGAGGUGCUGGUGAUGGGAUAUUUUCACCUGGUGGUGCCAUAUCUAACAUGUAUGCUAUGUUGAUUGCACGUUUCAAGAUGUUCCCGGAAGUUAAAGAGAAAGGAAUGGCAGCUAUUCCAAGACUGGUUGCCUUCACAUCGGAGCAUAGUCAUUUUUCUGUGAAGAAAGGAGCAGCAGCCUUAGGAAUUGGUACUGACAGUGUGAUUUUGAUCAGGUGUGAUGACAGAGGCAAAAUGAUUCCAUCUGAUCUUGAAAGGAGAAUUGUUGAGGCAAAGCAAAAGGGAUUUGUUCCUUUCCUCGUGAGCGCCACAGCAGGAACUACGGUCUAUGGGGCAUUUGAUCCACUUAUAGCUAUUGCAGAUAUCUGUAAAAAGUACAAGAUCUGGAUGCAUGUUGAUGGAGCGUGGGGUGGUGGGCUGCUGAUGUCAAGGAAACAUAAAUGGAAAUUAAAUGGUGUCGAAAGGGCCAAUUCUGUGACAUGGAACCCACACAAAAUGAUGGGGGUCCCGCUGCAGUGCUCCGCUCUGCUCGUACGAGAAGAGGGCCUGAUGCAAAGCUGUAACCAAAUGCACGCUUCCUACCUCUUUCAACAAGAUAAGCACUACGACCUGUCAUACGACACUGGAGACAAAGCCUUGCAAUGUGGGCGCCAUGUUGAUGUCUUCAAGCUAUGGCUGAUGUGGAGGGCAAAGGGCACUGUAGGAUUUGAAGCACACAUUGACAAAUGCUUGGAACUUGCAGAAUACCUGUACAACAAAAUAAAGAACAGAGAAGGCUUUGAGCUGGUGAUUGAGGGAAAGCCUCAGCACACAAACGUUUGCUUCUGGUAUGUGCCUCCCAGUUUACGAAAUAUGGAGGAUAAUGAAGAAAGAAUGAACCGUCUUUCAAAGGUGGCUCCAGUUAUUAAAGCCCGAAUGAUGGAGUAUGGGACCACAAUGGUCAGCUAUCAGCCCCUGGGAGACAAGGUCAACUUUUUCCGCAUGGUGAUCUCCAAUCCAGCAGCAGCUCACCAAGACAUUGAUUUCCUGAUUGAGGAAAUAGAGCGCCUUGGGCAGGAUUUAUAAUUGUGUGGUCUUCCAGACCCUUCUGAAAUGUCUCUCUAGGUAGACAAUUAAGUUGUCACAAACUGUGGUGAAUGUAUUUGUAGUUUGUUCCAAAGUGAAUCUAUUUCUAUAUUGUGCCGUCAAAGUAGAGUACAAUUUAACACUUAAGAACAUUGCUCCUCUUUAAAAGUAUUUUCCCCCUCCCGUUGAGUUUGUGAAUAUUUCCCAAUUAGAAAAUAUAAAAAGGCUGCAUUCAAACAAAUCCAGAAUAAUGAAAUGCUCAUGAUUCCACCCUCCAAAUUUUAGUACAGUUAGUAAAAGUGAUAGUUUGCAUUAAACGUAGCCAAAUUUGCCCCCAGACAGUCACAGAACACAGUGAGGGGCAUUGUAAAGCAUAAAACAGAAAAUGCUUUCAAAUAAAGAAAUGUUGCCUUUUUUUUCUUGGUAUAUUAGAACAGAAUUUCUAAUUUAC